AUGUACGCAUGGAGUUGAGGGGCGUAUUGUUGGCGGUGACGAAGCUCGGCGAGGCGGGGUUGGAUGUGACAGGACUAGCUGUGGGCUCGGGACUCAGUCAGUCGGUAGCUGCGGGCGGCGGAGUUUGUAGAUUGUCCCCGCAGCGAGCAUGGCGGUGAGCGGCGAUACGAAGAGCUGGUCCAGGCUGGAGCCGGGUAAGAUGCCGGCCUGGAAGCUGGAGGUGCUGGAGAGGAAGCGGCAGAAGAUGGCGAGCGGUGGUGGUGUCCUGUCCUCCAGGGGCAAGGAUGUGUCCCCCAGUAGGCACUCCAGGAAGGGCAGCCCUGAGCGCCUGGUGCUGCAGGACAGCCUAGGUCCCCUCCAUGAGAACCCCUUCAUCAAACUGGAACAUGAGCGUCGCCGCCGGCGACCACAACAUCACCAUCAUCACCCCUCCUCCGCGGGCAGAGCCACUUCCCCCAUCCGGCACCUGCUGGACAUCUAUGGCCACGUCCCGGGGAUCCGCACCAUUCGAGCCGAGAACAUCAUCAUUAUCGAGUCCGACCCCGGCUACUUCAACCAGACCAGCCACGUCGCCGGUACCGGCGCAGAUCCAGUCGAAGAACUACUGGCCAAGAGGGGCAGCAAAGUGGCCGAGAUACGAGCCUCGGAGGUGGUCAUCUAUGAGCCGGAUCUCCCGGUCAGAGAGCCAAUUAGAAAAUAUCAGGUUGCCCCCUCGAAAGAGCCGCUAGACCAUAACGAGGUGCUGGAGGAGGCUGGCCGGGUCAGCCGGUUAAUGGAGAAGUUUGACCACGGUCACAGCAAACCAAUACGGUCGAGGAGUUGGGAGAAUCUACUGGAAAGGGACAAUAAGCCUGCUCUGUUGCCAAAACCUACCUUCGCUGAUCUGCAGGGUCAUGCCCCCCAAAAUAAGGCGCCCAAGCGGUCUGGGGAGCUCUCUCCAUCGUCCGCCUCCAUUUUGGAAGAAGACGGCAAGCGGUUUCCUCUGAACAACCCAUCCUGGCUCCCUUCCAAAGCACCGGCUGUCCAUUCUUUGCCAGAUCCUGGGUUGUUUCACAAAAGACCCCCCAGUCCCAUUACGCCACCUGCCAUCUCACCUUCUUCAUUGGCACCAAUGUCCCCUUGUUAUGACACACCCACCGAUGAGAAAUUGGUCUCACCUAUUGUAGCGACCGUCCGGGAGAAGUUUGAAGCCGGGUACACUAACCAUCAUCCUCUGUCCAAACUCAUGAAUAAUGCCCAGAAGACCGGUGGCAACACCAUCCUUGUCAACCCAAAAGCUGCCUCGCUUAGCAAGGCCCGGCCUUCUGACGCAACCGUUAAGAGCUCCUUGCCUCUUACCAACGGUCACGUUGACCCCUCUGAAGUAAAUGCAAAAACAAGCAGUGCUAUUACUAUUCAAGAUCUCCUGUCUAAAAGUAAGCGACCUCGAGCUACCCCAACUCGGCGGUCCUCUGAGGGAAGUGGCGUAGUGCCAUCUCCUGUGUACGAUUCCACCAAUGAGCUCCCCAAAGGCGCCAAUGAUUGGAGGCCAAAUUCCGAGGCGAAUCGCCCCAAAAACAGCAUCCCUCCCUUAUCCAGUGCCAGUCAUUCUGAAAGCUCCUCCCACAACCACUGUGACAACAGCUUCACCAGUGCCACUCCCAACCAGCUAAUGAAAGUUUCCUUCCCCACCAGCAGCAACGAUUCCUUUGAAAUCAGGCCUGCACCAAAGCCAGACCUAAGCAAAAUCGCAGACGGCGACAUCCAAGCAAAAGCCCUGGCAAACAUUCGAAUGCAGUCUAAGAACUCUUUUGUUUUUAUUCCAAAGAAGAGGCAGGACCCUUCUGCUCCAGCGACUGGCAGUGCCGCCCGAGUCGCCACCAAAGACCAGCCAAAAGUCCAAGUUAGUGCUUCCACAUUUAAUGGACCCAAGUUGGAUUCCACGGAUUCUCUGGGAGAAAAUGGCGUCCGGGUAAAGGAAGUUGUUAAGGUGGAGGAGAGGAUAGAGCCGGUUCCCAGUUCUGUUGCGUUCAAAUCUUCUAGCGUACCUUCACUGUCGGACUUUGACUGGAAAAGCGGGCUUUUGCCAUCCAAAUCCGUAGAAGGUCAAUCCUUCACUGACAUUGGAGCUGAGCUGGAGUACCUCAGUAGCGUAAAUGAAGGAGAUGCUGUGGACAUAUUGACUGUACCAGUCACUAAAAUCCAUGAAGAUCUAGCUAAAGCGGAUAUUCCCAUCACCAACAUAGAUGACAUAGUGAACGCUGAUGACCAAGAGCUAAGCAAGGAGGCCAAACCAACGUCAAAAUUACCAAAGGACCCUACAUCGGCUUCCUACCGGCCUCAUGCUUCCCUCUCCUCCGUCCGCACUAAGGGCACCAACACUUUUACUAUUAUUCCCAAAAGGAAGUCCGUUACUGAGAACGAGGCCUUUAGGACACCGGUAGUAGAUGAAGAAGAUGAUGAUGACGACACCAGCUCAAAAAGAAAGUCUUCGGACGGAUUUGAGGCUCCCUAUUCUGAAAUUGGGGCACUGCUCAAAAAGAGGUUCCCAACAGUUGAUGAGAUCCAGGUCAUCGGUGGCUACCAGUCGCUGUCCAAGUCCUGUCUGUUGAAGAAUGGCUCCACGAGGAAAAAGAUGAAGAUCUCUUUCAAUGAGCAGAACAUCCACACGAUGUUUGAGUAUCCGUCUGAGACCUCGCUUGUAGCAACUGCAGAAGAGGAGAUAAAUGAUGCAUCGGGCUCGGAAUCGGAGGAGGAAGAAAAGACAUCUGGUCUCUUUAUCCCACGAGCAACUUUUGGAAGCAGUGGAACAACAAGUAACGGCCUACAGGCCAAAUCAAUCUCAGGUCUAUCUAGUUACACCCCAAAGCACUCCGUACAGUACAGUAAAUGGCAGGAUGAAAAGACACAGGCGCGAUCGGCCUCUCCAGACAGUGCGGACAACGAGGGCAUGCUCACACCUGACUACGGCGACUCCCACUCGGAUUUCCGCAGCGAUUCGGCCCUAUACUUCUAGAGACGGAGGACGUUUGGACGCUUACCGUAGUAUUUUCACUGCCCUCACGUACAUUCCUCCAGCUUCUACUCAGGAUCCUGAUGAUACAGAGACUGAGGCCCAGCCAUCUUUGUGCCCAUGCUGCAAAGGAUCUUGGGAAAGAACUCUUGCUCUCUUAGCUUCAAGAUGGACUUGGAGCCUCUUUGCACUGCUCUUCAAUCACUGGAACACAAUCACAUUGUCAACUCCAAUUUCUGAUCCCAAAUCGGAAGCGUAGCUGAUUCUUUUGAUGCCUGCAGUGGAUCUGUGUUAAUUAUAUUAAUUAACAUGGUGUGCGUUGGAUGAAAGAUAAUUGUGUUGCGAGUGUGAGAAUUUCUCACUCUCAGGCUUUGUCUCUAAGACGCCUGAGAUUUGUGCAUGUGGCGUUUUCUGUAAUGGUUCGUUGGUAGCGGACACUGGUUUUCAUUCAGUUUUAUUGGUUCUGCUGGAUUUGGGGUUCAAUGUUGUAAUUGGGCUAGUUGGUAUUUAAAGGGCAGCCUUGAUGGUGAUCCUGCUCUGCCUUCAAAUUUGAUUUGACAGCCUAGGUUUAGCCUAAAUUAAAAAUGGAAAAUUUGGCACAAGGGACAUAACUUGCAUUUAGUAUGCUGUGUCCCUUGUGCUGAUUCUUUUUGUUUAUCUUUAUCUGUCCAAGCCCAACCCCCCACUGCCGCAAUCUUCCAGUGUGGCGAAGGUUAAUGGAGCUAAAGGGAGGUCAGGAGCUCUCAUUAAGUGAGACUAUUCGUAGAAGCCGUACUACAGAAUCCGUGAAUGGAUCUCUGAGUGGAGGACAGGUGGAUGAUUGAUUGCUCUGGUUGGCCCUGAUGUGACCAUAUGGGCCGCUCUUUUUAGAGACACAUUUAUAGAAAGGUCGCUCUCCCAUCUGCAGCAGUUUUUAUACCACAUUUUAAAGUUGAAUGGUUACUCCAGAAAUUCUCCACUAUCAUCCCCUGUGAACUGUAGCAUUUCUAUGUAGUCACGCCAGCACUGCACUUUAUGAGGACCUGUCUACUUUCCUUACAUUGGGCUUUAGCAAGUGGAACAACCCCUAAUGACAAUUAUUCAUGGAUUCUUUUCUUUAAUAGCUGCCCUCUUUUUUGCUGCGGGUUACACACCAUUAUAAAUGUUUGCACUUCAUCAGUCCUAUGAUACGGUUUUGCUGGGAGUCUCUCUAAACAAGUUAUUGAAAUUUACCUAAAGUAGCCCUUUGUGUCCUUCACUAUGCACCUUUUGUGUCUGAUCUAGAAAUCAAAGUGCAGUAACCGCCAGUGACCAAUCGGCAGCCAUCUUCCACUGUCCUGACUGAUGGUUGCUAUGGGUUACAGCAUUUUGCAUAUAAACCACUGCACCCUGGGCUGCCUUACUAAAUAAGUCUGAAAAAGACUGGUCAGAUCUAUUUGAUCUUUUUAUUAUUCCGAUGGCAGUGUCGUUAAGGCCUUUGGUUAAUUGUAUGUCAUUUUAUAAUGUUUAUUCCCACAGAGUUGGUUAAUUGGCAUGCAUGGCAACCAGUCGGCGACUUGCUUCAUCUUGUUCAGCUUUGAAAAUUAAAAUAAGUUGAUUGGUUGCCAUUACAUUUCCCUCCUAUGUCAUUUAUCUUAUCACCAAGCUGAAAUGUUCAAAUGGUGUUGUCACUGGGUCAAGGCUAGCUUAUACAGAAAUGCUCAAGGACCCCAAGGUCACCCCUGCUUUAUGUAGGGGGCUUUGGACUUAAAUGGAACCUGUACUGCCCACCGUCUGAGAAUUCUAGUUACCUGGCUGUCAGACUUUGUGUGAAACACUGACCUGGGACAAGUAUGCGGAUCAGAAAAGUCAGAGUAAGGGCCCGCCUACACGGGUCCAGGAGCCUCGCUUGCUCAGUGGGGGGGGGGAUCUGUUUGCUAAUCAUGGCUGAGGAGCAGGCGGGUGGCCAACUCUCUUCUAUGGGAGAUCGGAUGUAAACAGAUUGCCUGUCUGUUUGCACCCGACUGCCAUCUGAUCCAAUCCGCUAGGCAGAAGGGGGGAACAGAUCCCCCAUCCAUCUGUUUUUAGCGGAUUGGAUGUCGGCAGGUGUAAACAAACGCAUGUUCGUUUACACCCGUCACUCCAUAGAGGGCAAUGGAGGGUCUGCCCGUAUGAAAGGGGGCUUAAAGCGGGGGUUCACCC